AUGGCUGCAGCAACUCUUAUACGCAAGGCGCUGCCUCAUCUCGACAAUCCUGUGGUCGACUACCUCGACGGAUAUAUCGAAGAUGCCGCCGACGAUCCAACCGAAGAUCUCUUCGAGACUGUAGUCAAGCCCAUGCUUGAAUCAGCUUGCAUUUCCGAUCCUUCCUCGUCGAAGCAGGUGCAUGCUCUCCUACCCAAGCUGCUGGAGCUCAUCCAAUCCAAGCUUCCGGAUGAUGCCGAUGCUAUCAACGCUAACGGACUCACUCGUCUCGACAAGGUCGUCGACAUGCGCAACACCGAGAUGUCGCGUACGCAGGGCUUCGACCAGGCCGGAGGUGUCGACAUCGCCCUCGGUACCACCAAGCAGAACCGUUCCACUGUCGAUGUCAAAAAGCUCGAAAAGCAAGAAGCCAAGACUCGUGCCAAACUCGCCAAGCGUGCCCAGCGCGAUCUUUAUGAAUCCAGCAAGCUUGUCGAACAGUCCAGACAGCAGGCUAGCUACGAAGAACUCUUCCUCAAGGUCAACCCGCUCGAAAGUAUCGGAAACAAAGGCAAGAACAAGGACAUUCACCUGCCCAAUAUCGACGUCAACUUUGGCAGCAACCGUAUCCUCUCCAACGCUACGCUCACCAUCAAGGCCGGUCGCAGAGCAGGUCUCAUUGGUCGCAACGGUGUGGGUAAGUCUACACUAUUGCGCAACAUGGCGCUUCGAGAGAUCCCCAUCCCGAUGUCGAUCUCGAUUCUGUAUGUCGAGCAAGAGAUUGUGGGAGACGACACAUCCGCUAUCGAGAGUGUGCUCAAGGCCGACGUUUGGCGUGCCAAGCUCUUGCAGGAGGAAGCCGAGAUCAAUGCAGAGCUGCAAAAGCUCGAAGACUCUGCUGCUGCUGCUGUUGCCGCUGCCAAUGCUGCCGCCGCUGCGCAGAACGACGCCGCCAACGGUGAUGAUGCCGCUGCUGCCGGCCUCUCGCGAGGCUCUGCAGUCGACAUGCCCACACGACAGCGUGAGAUCAAGCGAGAAGAGCUCUCUACGCGUCUCGGUGAAGUGCAAGCCAAGCUUGUCGACAUGGAAGCCGAGACCGGUCCUGCACGAGCUGCCUCGCUUCUCAAUGGUCUUGGUUUCAAGACCGAAGACCAGAUUCGUCCCACCAAGACCUUCUCGGGUGGUUGGAGAAUGCGUCUCGCACUUGCACGUGCGCUCUUCUGCAAGCCCGACUUGCUCAUGCUCGAUGAACCGUCGAACCACUUGGACCUUAAUGCGCUUGCCUGGCUUGAGGAUUACUUCGUCAACGACUACGAAGGUACUUUGCUCGUCGUAUCGCACGACCGAGCGUUCCUCAACCGUGUUGCUACCGAUAUCAUCCACAUGCACAGCGAGAGGCUCGACUACUACAAGGGUAACUUCGACCAAUUCUACCAGACACGAGAGGAACGCAGGCGCAACCAGCAGCGAGAGUACGAAGCCGUUCAGCUGCAGCGUGCUCAACUGCAAGCGUUCAUUGAUCGUUGGAGAGUCAAUGCCAACAGGGCCGCACAGGCGCAGAGUAAGAUCAAGCAGCUCGAGAAGUUGCCCAAUAUCGAACCACCGGAGGAUGACGAUGUGGUGCACUUCCGUCUCCCCGAUACCGAUAAGUUGCCAUUGCCACUGCUGCAGAUUAGCAAUGUUACUUUCGGAUACCGCCCCGAACGUUUGCUGUUGAAGAACGUCGAUUUCGACAUCACCCAACAAUCGCGUGUUGCAGUGGUCGGACCCAACGGUGCUGGUAAAUCUACCCUGAUGAAGCUUCUUAUGGGCGAAAUCACUCCACUUCAAGGUGACCAGAAACGAAACUCGCGCCUGCGUGUCGGUUUCUUCUCCCAGCACCACAUCGAUCAACUCGACCUCAAUGCAAACCCUGUCACCUUCCUUCAGUCCAAAUACCCUGGCAAGACCGAACAGGAGUACCGUUCGCAUCUCGGCGCAUUUGGUAUUAAAGGUAUGACAGGUCUACAGAAGAUUGCUACUUUGUCAGGAGGUCAGAAAUCCCGUGUUGCGUUCGCGCACAUCUCGAUGAUGCGUCCACACGUAUUGUUGUUGGACGAACCGACUAACCACUUGGAUACGGAAGGUUUGGAUGCACUGUGUGAGGCGAUCAAGAAGUUUAAUGGUGGUGUGAUCUGCAUUUCGCACGACGAGACUUUCAUCAAUAACUGUAUGGAGGAAUUGUGGGUGGUGGAUGAUGGAAAGGUAGAGAAAUUCAAGGGUGAUGUGGCUGAGUAUAAGAGGAUUAUUCUGAGUAAGAACAAGGCUGGUGCCAAGCCCUAA